AUGUUUUUAUCCUGUUUUAAACAAAAAUUCAGGUUCCUCAGAAGACAAUUCUCAAUCAGAAGAACCAUCACAACCAAGAAAAAAGAAAUUCUCGCAAAAUGUCUUGAUUCAAAUAACAACAAAGAACAGGAAGCGAAAGAAAAAUUGCAAACUUCUAAAAGUCCAGAUUCUCGUUUGGAUGCUGCUCGCUUUCGUUAUGUCAAUGAACAACUUUAUACACAUCCUUCAACAAGUGCUGUUCAACUCUUUAAGGAAGAUCCGAAUGUAUUUGAAGCUUAUCACAGAGGAUAUAAACAGCAGCUAAAAAAAUGGCCGUUCAAUCCAUUAAAUUCAAUACUUCUCGACCUUUCUUCACUUCCUCCUGGUAGUGUUAUUGCUGAUUUGGGAUGUGGUGAGGCAGAAUUAGCAGAACGUUUAGGUUCAAAAUAUAAGGUGCAUUCUUUUGAUUUGGUUUCUUUAAAUGAAAGGGUUGUUGUUGCUGAUAUGGCAAAAAUUCCUUUGGCUAGGGAAUCUGUUGAUGUUUGCGUUUAUUGUUUGUCUUUAAUGGGAACAAAUUUGGCUCAUUUUUUUCGUGAAGCGCACAGAGUUUUAAAAAUGAACGGGAAAGUGAAAAUUGUUGAAGUUACUAGCCGAUUCAAAAAUAUUAAAAAAUUCAUUGAUGCACUUGGAAAAAUGGGUUUUCAAUUAAAGAGAAAGAAAGAAUUAGACGGUAAAUACUUUACUGCAUUAACUCUUCAAAAGAUUGGCAGAUUUGUGAAUAAACGACCGUUAGGUCUUCAAUUAGAUCCGUGCCUUUAUAAGAAACGUUAA